ACACACACAUCUACCGCUUCAUGUUCUCUGGCUCUUUAGCCUGGAGACUGUCACAGCCAAAGGCACUCUCUUGGCCUAGUCUGGCCUCCCUGACUCUGUCCAGCAUGCACUGUGGCUGGCCACUUCCCCUGGUGAGGCAUCACCAGCUGUUCUGGACCCAGAUCGCCCAGCUCUUUAGGAGGAUUUGGCACACAGUUAUGUCAGAGGGACAGGAGCAGAGAUAGGAGCCUGGCAGGGGAAAGCAAGGAGGGAAAGACCCUUAGGAAGCCAGCAAUCUUGGCCACUGGGGGGACAGAGCAGGGAGGAGCAGGAGACAGGAAAGGUGACAUUGGUUCCAGGCAGAAACCCAAGGUCGGAGGUCAUAGCUCUGGCACAGCUUCUAGGGGGAGUACAUUUGGGAAGGGGCAGAGAUAUCAGGCUGGCUUUGGGCAGUCUGAAAUCAAGGGGUCCACAGGGCAUCUGGGAAUGUCAGAAACCCCCAACCUGAGGCUCAGGAAAGGGUUACAGCAAAGCUGGUGACUAAACUGAACCCCGCAGGCUGCAAGCCUUGGGAACCCAUGGUAUCAAGCUUGAGGCUCAAGUCAGCCUGGAGAUUAGGGGAAUGCCUGCCCACCUUCUCCUGGGUAAGCAGGACAGGCAGCCCCAGCACCUGCCACCCCAGGAGCAGCACCCAGGCUCACCCAUGGGGGGCGGAGGUGCUGGGAUUACACAUUGGCAUCUCUCUUCCUUCAGAGCCAGUUAAACUUUGUCUAAGAAAAUGAUUGCUAAAUUCUCUUCCAUAAGUGGCUCCUGGUCACACUUUAAUCCUCCUCUCCCCCUAAAUUCAGCUGUUGCUGAAGGUCGGGGCAAUCACAACUGGCAGAGGGUCACAGCACAGGCUCAAGUGUCAGCUGGAGCUGCCCUUCACUGGGCAGAUGCUCUGUGAAGCUAGGAGCCCCUGACAUGCUCCUAGCUGCCCAGCUGAGAAAGACAGUGUGGGCAACACCAUAGGAGACACAGGCUUGUCACAUUGGGCCUGUGGCCCUGAGCUGGCCUCUGUGAAGUGGCCCCUCCUCAGCCCUCAGCAGGCCCCAUGGCAUUUCCUGAGCUCUUGGAUCAAGUUGGCAACCUGGGUAGGUUCCAGUUUGUCCAGACGGUGGCUCUGGUGGUCCCCAUCUUGCAUGUCACCGCCCAGAACAUGCUGGAAAACUUCUCCACUGCUGUGCUCAGCCACCGCUGUUGGGUGCCCCUCUUGGACAACAGCACCACCCAGGAUAGUGUCCCUGGGACCCUGGACACCGAGGCCCUCCUGGCUGUAUCUAUCCCGCUGGGCCCCAACCAGCGGCCCCACACGUGCCGCCGCUUCCGCCAGCCACAGUGGCAGCUCCUGGACCCCAAUGCCACAGCCGCCAACUGGAGCAAGGCUGCCACGGAGCCUUGUGUGGAUGGCUGGGUGUAUGACCACAGCACCUUCACCGCCACUGUGGUGACCAAGUGGGACCUGGUGUGUGACUCUCAGGCCCUGAAGCCCAUGGCCCAGUCCAUCUUCCUGGCUGGGAUCCUGGUGGGUGCCGUGGUGUGUGGCCAUGUCUCAGACAGGUUCGGGCGCAGGAUGGUGCUGACAUGGAGCUACCUUCAGAUAGCCCUGUCGGGCACCGUGGCUGCCUUCAUCCCUACCUUCUCACUCUACUGCCUGUUCCGCUUUCUGGCAGCCUUCGCGGUAGCAGGUGUCAUGAUGAACACGACCAGUCUCUUGAUGGAGUGGACGUUGGCUCAGGCCCACCUCUUGAUGAUGACCAUGAACUCUCUGGGCUUCAGCUUUGGCCAAAUCCUGAUGGCCGCAGUGGCCUAUGGCCUGCGUCACUGGGCACUGCUGCAACUGGCCCUCUCUACCCCUUUCUUCCUCUGCUUUGCCUAUUCAUGGUGGCUGCCAGAGUCGGCACAGUGGCUGCUAUCCAUGGGCAAAGUGGACCAAGGCCUGCAGGAGCUGCAGAGGGUGGCCUCCAUCAACCGGAAGAGGACAACAGGGGACACCCUGACCAAGGAGGCCUUGCUCUCAGCCAUGCAGGAGGAGUUGAGUGGGCCUCAGGCUUCUGCCAGCCUGGGUACCCUGUUCCACAUGCCCGGCCUUCGCCUCCGGACCUGGAUCUCCAUGCUAUGCUGGUUCACCUUUGGCUUCACCUUCUAUGGCUUGGUCCUGGACCUCCAGGCCCUGGGCAGCAGCAACAUCUUCCUGCUCCAGGUGCUCAUUGGGGUCGUGGACAUCCCCACCAAGAUGGGCACCCAGCUGCUGCUGGACCGCCUGGGCCGCCGCCCCACACAGGCCAGCUCCCUGGUGCUAUCUGGGCUCUGCAUCUUGGCCAACACGCUGGUGCCACAUGAGAUGGGGCCACUAUGUUCAGCCCUGGCUGUUCUGGGGCUGGGGUCACUGGGGGCUGCCUUCAGCUGCAUCACAGUCUACAGUGGAGAGCUCUUCCCCACUGUGCUCAGGAUGACAGCUGUGGGCCUGGGCCAGAUGGCUGCCCGUGGAGGAGCCAUGCUGGGGCCUCUGGUCCGGCUGCUGGGCAUCCACAACCCCUGGUUGCCCCUGCUGGUGUAUGGGGUGGUGCCAGUGCUAGGUGGCUUGGCUGCACUGCUGCUACCUGAGACCCAGAAUUUGCCACUGCCUGACACCCUCCAAGAUGUGCAGAACCAGGCAGUAAAGAAAGCAACACACAGCACACCAGCGCCCUCCGUCCUGACAUCCACACGACUCUAGCCUCCUACAAGCUCACAAUUCAGUGAGGAGGAAGAGGAGGUACCUUCUGGAGAGAACAGAGGUACUUAAGGAAGGCCUCCAAUUCCAGGGCCCCAGGGCUGCCCUCCCCUGGUACUCCUCACAGUCAGGAGCCCCCUCUAGCACAGAAAUGGCAGGAAUCUGCCCCGUGCACUGUCACCACCCUGACGUCCCCAAGCUCCAUGGCUGCCAGGUCAGAAGGCACCUCUCAAUGCUCUCCAACCACUGCCCACUGGGCCCAGGGCUCGGAGCUGACUGCCACCUCUCCUGGCUCAGCACAAACAACAAAAGUCUCGACCCCUCAGUGUCAUCCCUGGCCUGUGGCAGCCUGGCCCAGCCACUUUGGCCCAUGGCUACCCUCAGCUUGGCUACGUGCCCUGCCUGCAGUUCUUCCCCACCUCCACCCUGACACUCCUUCCAGGGCGCAGGGCCGGCCCAAGACCCAGUGACUCCCUGACCCAUGGUCACAGCCACAUACUGUCUUCACCCACCCACCUGCCAAUGAGUUCCCAGAGUGCCAGCUGGCCACAUCUGCAUGAAGGAUGUAAUAAAGAGUGAAGAAUGGGACAAAGCAUAACUGUCGCUCAGUGACACCAGCAAGGGGGCCCCAGGAUCUCCCCUGGGGUGGGGGGAGGAGAGUACUGAGGCCUUUCCCAGGCCAGCUUUCCCAUAGCAUGUGCCAGGCAGAGGCACCACGCUGGGCUCCUCAGAGGACCAGCUCAUUUCCCCUGAGCCCAGUGGGGUAGAAGCUGCCUCAUUUUACAGACAGGAUGACUGAGGCUCAGAGAAGCUUAUGGUCCUGACAUACAGCUAGGAGGAGGCAGGAUCAGGACUCGGGCCCUGGAAUGUAGCUCUGCAGGGUGGAUCUCUGAUCACAAUGCCCUGGACCACCCCAGCCUCACUGCCCGGGCAGACAGGGAUGCUUCUUGAGAGUUCCAGCAGGGCCUCCUCACGCCUCCCAGAAGGAUCCAGGGCCCCACAGAGUCCUCUGCACCCUCAAGGGAAAGGCAGCACGGUGCUCUGCAGAGCCACUGCUCCAGGCAGGAGGUACAUGCAGGGUCUUCACCAGCUGGGCCCCCAGAGGCGAGGCACUCCUGUAUCAUGUGUGCACACACAUGCACACAUGCAGAAAAGUCAAUGGGAAACAGGAGGCCCUGGCUCCCAGGGAACAGGAUCCCCACACCUCCCUGGUCUUGUCAGCUGUAGCCCCUGGCCUCCAGGGCCAUGUCCUUUGGCCAUUUACCUAUGGCUAACUUCAGUAAAGACCCCUGGACCAAGAGGACAGAAGUAGGGCUCAUUACCAGGUGUGGUGGUGCACACCUAUAAUCCCAGCACUUGGGAGGCUGAGACAGGAGGAUCACCAUGAGUUCAAGGCCAGCCUGGAUUACAUAGUGAGUUCAAGAUCAACCUGGACUACACAGAAAGACCCUGUCCCAAAAAAACAACAGCAACAACAACAAAAAACAACUAGAAAAAAAAAGUAGAGCCCAUAUGCAAAGACUCCCCAAUACAAGCCUAUCUGCACAUGCUGGCUUCUGUUCUGUAUUGCCCACUGCCUGGCUGACAGCAGCUGUCUUUCCUAGCUUCC